CAACAUUUAGACAGCCCCUUUUGCCCCCAAGAUCCCAAAACACUCUAACCACACAUAACCAUUUAUGUGCAGGAGUCAUCUCACCCACCCUGCAACUACAGCCAUCUCGGGAGUGGAAUAUGCAGCUAUAAAGGCUCAUUUCAUUGCCCUGAGAAAAAGCCCUUCUUCAGGGGAAGCAGCAGAAACUGCUCACUUGGUGGCACAGGCUGCAGUUGCCUCUAAACAAUCAGAGCACAAGGAUCUGGCUGAGAAGUAGUUUCAAGAGAGCAUAAAUGCUUUUAAAGAAGCUGAAGGGGUGGAGAGUGCUAAAUGCCUCGGAGCUGUGGAUGAUUUCUGUCAGUUUCUUAUAGCCACUGGACAACAGGAGAGAGCACCAAUAAUGCUGAAAGGAUCAUUAGAAGCUAAAAUAUCCCUAUUUGGGUAUCUCAGCCUGGAAGUAGCAGAGACAUACUGGCUCCUAGGAGGAACAGAACGAGCACAAGGACACACACAUUUGGCAUACAAGAAACUUAAGAAGUGCCUGUACCUUGAGACCCUCUUAUUUGGCACCCACAACAAAAGGACUUUAGCAACCCAGGAGGUCAUUGACUUGUCAAAAUGAAAUCACAGAACUGGAAGGGACCUCGAGAGGCGAUCUAGUCCAGUCCCCUGCACUCAAGGCAGGACUAGGUAUUAUGUUAUACUGCCUCCUCAUUCCGUUUUGGAAAUGCCAAAUGUUUUGCACUGAUAAGCUGUAACUACUUCAUAGAAGUUGUUGGGUUGAAGCUGGAGGUUCUUGAUAGUUGAGGCUUUGAACUCCUGGAGGGAGUGGAAGAAAGUUUCAUAAACACAUUAGCUGGCUGCUUUUGCCAUCAUCAGUGAAAUGGAUAAUGUUUACACUUAAAAUAUCAUCUUUAGGUUUCAGACUUAACCAGUGAGAUGAAUGGGUAAGUUUUCACCUCUGUCUUUCUGCACAUUCAGGAGGACAACACUACAUCAGUUGACAGUUCACUUUUGUAAGGUUUUCUUUGCAACCAUGUAUUUGUACAGAUUAAGAAAAGGGCAAGGUUAGGUCAGGGUUUGUUAACAUGUGGUUGCUAACCACAAACUUUUCCCUAGUGUAGACAUGGGUUAAUAUAUUUAAGCUAGUCAAAUUCAACCCUAGAGAUGAGGCCCAGGUCAAGCUCAAUCAGUUAAAUCAAAAUAAAAGGUCAUGGCUAGUUUUUCCUAAUCUGGGGAAACCUCCAAAGACCAAACAUCUGAUCUCUUCUAGCCUGUAAGUGCAAAGAAAAUUGCUCCUCUCAUUAAGCACUAUGGAUGGCGCUGCCAAUGCUACAGAAAAGUUUGAAAGAUCGGACAGUGCAGGCACUGAAAGAAUUAACUGUGACGAUGGAAACUAGGAAUGUGGAUAGUAUGACUAGGGAUUUUUGGCUGCUGUUAAAACAACAGUUCAGUUGCUGGAGCAACAUAUGAAGUCACUAAAAAUAAGUUCCAAGAAGUACACUGUAUAUGGCAAAUGGCAACAGCACACAGAGACAAGCUGGAUCUGAAAACAUUACUUCUAAAAACGUGCUAUUACAUGAAAAUAAAGAGAAAACCCCAGCAAAACUGGACUGCGACUCAGUAUUUCUGUGGGAUUUGGCUUAUGAUAUAGUUCCACUGACUUUAAUGCAAUGCAAAUAUUAAAAUUGUUUUUACACUUUAAGAUAGUAAAUUAGUAAGGAACAGCAUAGUCUAGUGGAUACAGCACAAGCCUGAGAAUAGGAACUCUGGCUUCUAUUCCUGGUUCUUCCAACGAUUUGCUGUGUAAUCUUGAACAAGUAACUUCACCUCUCGAUUCUUCAGUUUCCUCUUUGUUCGUCUUAUCUAUUUAGACAGGAAGCUCUUUGGGACAAGGACCACCUCUUGCUAUGUGUUUGUACAGCUCCUAGAAGACUGGGGCCCUAAUCUCCAUUGGGGCCUCUAUGUACU